CACAAAAAAUGAAAGAACCAUCUGAUUUUUGUUGGUCUAAAAAGCUCCCCACAGAGCGAAGGGCAAAAGAAAACCGAAAAUAAUAAUUAUUAUUAUUUUUUAAUUAUUUUUCUAUUUUUCCUCCAUUGAAGAGAAAAAGAAGCAGAGCUCCGAAACCCACUGAGCCAGUAAUCUAGGAAGCCGAUGCAAUCGACACCUGGCGGUAGUAGCAGCAGCGGUGGUGGAGGUGGAGUUGGUGGUGGGGUGAGUCGGGUCGGACUCGCCCGAUUCCGCUCAGCUCCGGCUUCAUGGUUGGAAGCGCUACUUGAUGACGAAGAAGAAGACCCAUUGAAGCCCAACCAGUGCUUGACACAGCUUCUUGCUGAUAAUACCCCAGCACCCAGUUCGACAAACACUGUUCCUUUCGCUCCCUCGGCGGAUCCGGGUGGGUCUUUCGAAGCCGGGUUUGCCCGACAGAACAGUUCUCCAGCCGAUUUUCUUGGAAAUUCCAGCGGUUCGUCGGAGACUUACUUCUCCAACUUCGGAAUUCCGGCGAACUUCGAUUUGGUAUCUCCGAAUAUCAAUGUUUCUUCUACUACGGGAAGUAAAAGGGUCAGGGAAGGGGAAGCACAGCCUGCACAGCACUUCUCCCCAAAGCUCUCAUCUCAGCUGAAAGGAGAGCAAGCUAGCGGACAGGUUUCAGGAUUGUUGGAUAUGGAGAUGGAAAAGCUUUUGGAGGAUUCAGUUCCAUGCCGGGUUAGAGCCAAGCGAGGCUUUGCUACGCAUCCUCGGAGCAUUGCAGAGAGGGUUCGUAGAACUCGAAUCAGUGACCGGAUAAGGAAACUUCAAGAGCUUGUUCCAAACAUGGAUAAGCAAACAAAUACUGCUGAUAUGCUAGAAGAAGCGGUAGAGUAUGUGAAACAUCUACAAAGGCAGAUUCAGGAACUCACGGAGCAUCAAAGGAAAUGCAAGUGCAUAGCCAAAGAAUAACCAGAAGAAGGUACCCUAAAAUUGCCCCUUCUAUUUAGUGUAAUUAUUAGACUGUUACGAGAUUUUUAUCCAGGGUCCAUUAUUGUGGUAUUGUUACUCCACUUUUCGAAAGAAUCACUUUCUAAUCUAGAGAUAUGCCAUCCCUUUGCUACAUCUUUAUUAUAGAUGUAGUCUUGAGUGUCAUAAAUAUAUUACUCCAUUAUUAGAUUCCCGCUUCAUCCUGGUGAAGUUUGUUUCAUCUUUUGGUGAAAUUAUGUUGUAUCUUCUAUUUAAACUAGAGGAGAAAAAGUAACUAAAAUUUGUUGUAUUUUAAAAUAGUGUAGAUGAGAUUAGUAUUGUUCAUUUGAACAAUAUUCUUAACAAGCUUCCAUAUAUAUAUUUUUUUAUUCUAGUA